AUGGUCUUCUCGGACAUUUGUGAAGAUAUUUCGGAUCAUGUGGAGCAAAUCCAUGCGCUUCUCGAAACGGAGUUCUCCCUGAAGCUGCUGUCCUACUCCGUCAAUGUGAUUGUGGACAUCCAUGCCGUACAGCUCCUCUGGCACCAGCUCCGAGUCUCUGUGCUGGUUCUGCGGGAGCGGAUUCUGCAGGGUCUGCAGGAUGCCAAUGGCAACUACACCAGGCAGACGGACAUUCUGCAAGCUUUCUCUGAAGAGACAAAGGAGGGCCGGCUUGAUUCUCUAACAGAAGUGGAUGACUCAGGACAGUUAACUAUCAAAUGCUCUCAAAAUUACUUGUCUCUGGAUUGUGGUAUUACUGCUUUCGAACUGUCUGACUACAGUCCAAGUGAGGAUUUGCUCGGUGGCCUAGGUGACAUGACCUCUAGCCAGGUCAAAACCAAACCCUUUGACUCUUGGAGCUACAGUGAGAUGGAAAAGGAGUUCCCCGAGCUCAUCCGAAGUGUUGGGUUACUCACGGUGGUGACCGACCCCAUCCCUUCCAACUGCAGCGAAGCAGUUAGUGAGGAGACAUCUGAAGUACCUCUUUCAGCAGAUGACAAAGGUGGAUGUGAGGAAGACAGUGCUUUGACAGUUGAGGAGCCACUGGGCUUAAUGCCCGGGACGUCAUCUUCAGGGGAAGCUCUGACAAAUGCCGAUCAACACCCUCCUGAGCCUGUGAAGCAAGAAUCCAGUUCCUCCUUCCAACUUGGGACAAAGAACCAACAGCCUCUGCCUUGUGAAAAUGCAACUCCUAAGCGACCCAUCCGAGAUUGCUUUAAUUACAAUGAGGACUCCCCCACGCAGCCCACAUUGCCAAAAAGAGGGCUUUUCCUUAAAGAGGAAACUUUUAAGAAUAAUCUGAAAGGCACUGAUGGAAAGAAGCAGAUGGCUGAUCUCAAGCCUGAGAUGAGCAGAAGCACCCCCUCUCUGGUGGAUCCUCCCGACAGAUCCAAGCUUUGUCUGGUGUUACAGUCUUCCUAUCCCAACAGCCCUUCUGCUGCCAGCCAGUCGUAUGAGUGUUUGCACAAGGUGGGGGAGGGGAAUCUUGAAAACACCGUCAAAAGUCAUGUGAAGGAAAUAUCCUCCAGCCUGGGAAGGCUUAGUGACUGCCAUAAAGAGAAACCUCGACUUAAAAAGCCACACAAGGCCCCAGAAGAGGUGCCUCUGUGCCGAACACCAAAAUGUGGAGCGGGUUCAGGCAAGCAGGCUGAAAGCAUGAGGAGCUCAGCUGUGCCCAGUGGAAUUCCUUCAGGUACUCCCAAGGCCGUAGAGGGGCCAGAAACAGAUUCCAUUUCCACAUCCUCACCCGAGCCAUGUCAUAAGAAGAGUUGGAAGGCCAAAUUGCCAGUGCAGUCAGAAACAUCCAGUUCACCACCUUUUACUCAAAGUAGCGAAUGCUCUGUUGGCUCAGACAACGUCGUGUCUCCAGUACCCCUUCUUUCAAAAAACAAAAGCAAAAAAAGUUACUCCUCCUCGCCAAGUCACGUCACCAGGAAUGGUCAGGUGGUGGAGGCCUGGUAUGGCUCUGACGAAUACCUAGCACUACCCUCUCAUCUGAAGCAGACCGAAGUCUUAGCAUUGAAGUUGGAGAACCUAACAAAGCUUCUGCCUCAGAAACCCAGAGGGGAAACCAUCCAAAAUAUUGAUGACUGGGAACUGUCUGAAAUGAACUCAGAUUCUGAGAUCUAUCCAACAUACCACGUCAAGAAGAAGCAUACAAGGCUAGGCAGAGUGUCUCCAAGCUCAUCCAGUGACAUAGCCUCUUCCCUGGGGGAGAGCAUGGAGUUGGGGCCCCUGAGUGACAUUCUUUCUGACGAGGAGUUGUGCAUGCCUCUCUCUGGUAUGAAAAAAUACAUCAAUGAGAAGUCAGAGAGAGCUGCAUCCUCUGAGAAAAAUGAGAGCCAUUCUGCCACAAAGUCUGCUUUAAUUGAGAAACUGAUGCAAGAUAUUCAACACCAAGACAACUAUGAAGCCAUAUGGGAAAAAAUAGAGGUAAGGUGGUCUUCUUAA